AAAUUCUCUCUUUCUCGUCACGGUUUCGAUCCCUUUUUAUCUUCGGUCCCGGUCCGAAAAUCCGAACUGUCUCACUCUUCUGCAAGACUUUAGAGAGAGAGAGAGAGUGUGUAUGAGAGAGCUUUAGGACAGCCAUUUGCGUCUUCGUCGUCGUUUCGGAGCUUAAGCACUGUGAAUUUAAGCUUAACAAAGCCCCGGGUUUUUGAUCAGCCACUGAAAAGGACCUUCUAGACAACGCCGUGACUCCGCGCAGCUGAAGAACCCUAAUUCGCUUAGCUUAGAUCACACUCCGAGCUCCGAGUGAAUCUCCUCUACUUCCUCUGCCUUCCGGGUCUUUCAGUAUUUUACUUACCAGCUUGCUUGUUGCUCAACUAGUGUGAAAAAGAAUUGGCUUCCAAAAUAUGCUUCAUUAUAAUGUCCUGAAUGCAAUGAAAUAACGUUGGUUGAAGAUUUGAUUAUACAUCUCGUAUAGUGGUUGGUGUUCUCCGAGAAUAUAUUCAAUUAGAAUUGUCACUACAGGGUUAACACCUGGUACUGCUUUCAAAUUAGGUCUGUUGUAUUGACCCUUGUAAUCAUGGAUAUGAGAUUGUUUGAUCUGCGAUUAUGGGCAAAGCUACUUUCCAAAAAAAGAAGUAGCUGAGUAAAUCUUGGUGGCUGGCCUUUUAAUGCCUGGUAACGAAGUUGAAGAUAGGAUCCACAAGUUAUAUGUGCCAGAUAACUCUUCCCAAGACCAGCAACAAUCUCAAGUGGUGGAGGGUAGUUGGCCAGCACAUAACUAUAAUCAGUGGGUUGAGAAGCGGAGGCAGAUUGGGGCCGCUCUGAGUUUCAAUCUGAAAAACUGCAAUGUGCAACAAUUAGAUUCUGUGAAAGAACAUGGCAGUGAAUCUUUGAGCUUUUCGUUCAACCAAAACUAUACACAACUGAUUCAAAGACCCGAGUUUUCCAGCAUUUACUCUAGAAACCAACUGCUGAAUUCAAAUGGAGAUAUGCUUGGAUGCCCAAAAUUCCAAGCAAUGCAAAGACAAUCAGAGUGUUUGGGUGAAAAUACAGUUUAUGAUCCACAUACCAUAACUUCAAGAGGCUCUUCUUUCUUUAUACCACAUAGAGAAAAUGUGUCUGGGGAUAGUCCCACCUUGACAACAAAUUCUGAAAAAUCGGAAAUUACCGAAACUUCCUUUGACUUUGACUUCAUUCAAGGGAAGCAGCAGCUUGCCAGGGGCCUGCAACUCAAUACUCCACAAACUUACCUAAUGCAGCAGUCUGGGUACAAUGAUAUGCAGUUACUGCAGCAACAGCACAUGUUGUUCAAGCAGCUACAAGAACUUCAGAGGCAGCAGCAACUUCAGCAUCUGGGUGAUGCUAGGCCACAGAAUUCUUCAAACCAGAUUUCUGCACUGACUAAACAAGCUACUGGUGCUCAGAGUUCACCUGUCAUCAAUGGAACGCCUGUUAAUGAUGCAUCACAUAUGUAUAUGAACUGGAUGCAGCGAGGUACAUUUCCCUCUGUGCAAGGCGGAUCCAAUAGAGCCAUAUUUUCACAAGAUCAAGGUCAGGCUUUGCGUUCCAUGGGUCUGGCUUCUCAGCAGCUUGAUGUAUCCUUGUAUGGUACUCCUGUUGCUAGUGCAAGAGGUAGUAUGAGUCAAUAUUCCCAUCUCCACGGGAUGUCUCGUGAUUCUUCAACUGUGUCAACUAAGGUUAGUGUUCAAGCGCAGAAGCCUAUUACGCAGUCGUCAGCCUUCAGUAACCCCUUUGUAGGUGAUCAGGUUACUGUUUCUUCAGAGCAGGUUUGCGUUCCCCAAGAAGGUUUCGCAUCCAAACAAAGAUCUCAGGGAAACAAUAUGUUCAGUCAGGUUCCUGUUCAGGGUUUGAAUAGUGCUGUUAUUUCAGAGAAGCCCCUGCUGGGGAAUACUUUGCAAAAAAAUGCAGCACCAAUGCAAUUUAAUGCGAGGCAAGAGCAAGGUGGUUGGUCUGGAAACUUGCAGCAGAAAAAUAUGCAGCUUGGCCCUUCUCAGGGUUUGGUUCCCCUGGAUCCAAUGGAAGAGAAGAUUUUGUACAAUCUAGAUGAUAACAUCUGGGAUGCUUCUUUUGGCAGGUGCACUGACAUGGGCGUAGGAGGCUUUGGGGCAGCAUUGGAACAUACAGAUUAUCCAAGUGCAUUUCCUUCUAUUCAAAGUGGAAGCUGGAGUGCUCUCAUGCAGUCUGCUGUAGCAGAAGCUUCUAGUAGUGAUACUGGGCCACAGGAGGAGUGGAGUGGCUUGACUUUUCAGAACACAGAACUGUCAACUGAUAACCAGCCUUCAAAUGUUAUGGAUAGUGAAAAGCAACAAACAAGUUGGCUUGAUAACAAUCUGCUGAAUACCUCCUCCUUAAGUUCAAAACCUUUUCCUGUGUUUAAAGAUUCUAGUGUGAGCUCUAGCUUCCCUGGCUUUCAUCAACCAGGCAUCCAAUUCUCAAUCGGGCAGAGAGACACAUUGCACCUGGAUGACUCUCAUGAAUCGAUUCGGAAGUCUCCCAAGAACACUGGUGAGUGGAUUGAUUGUGGCCCUAAACAAAGGCCAUCCAGGGAAGGAAGUCAACCAGCUCAACCACUCAUGCAUUUGGACAAUGCAUGGGCUGGUCAGAUUUUUGAGCAUCAAGAUGGUGAUUUCCAUCAGCAGAGAAUAGCCUCAUGUAACAAUGUUAGCCAAUCAUGUAGUGAGAUAAAAGGUGAUGUCAAUGAAGCUACAUACAAGGGGAGGGGUUCGGAUGAUUAUCUGUGGGAGGUCGAUAGUAACUGUGGGGUAAGCUCUUUUUCUAGAUCAGCUGGAGGAUUGGAGCAAGUACACUCUGGCAUUACUCUGCCCAACAAAGAAGAUUCACAAAUAUUUAACUUUGCUGGUGUACCAAAUUCAAGCCCUUCUAAAGCCUUUCAAGAAGCCAGUCAACAAGUGCAACAUGAUAAUCAGCUUGAUUAUGUUAAGCAUGUUGAUACAUCUAGGAACAAGGAAAAUCAGAGUAUUGGAAAAAACCAGCAUCAGAUGAGUAAUGGUUCUCAUGUUUUGCAUAACUAUCUUUUGGAAGCAGGUGGAACAUAUGAGAUGCAGCAGAAAUGCUACCUAAAAGACAACUCUUAUUGCAACUAUGGCUCGAAAGGAUUGAGCGGGCAAGAGCAAGAAUGUGUAGGGCAGCUCAAAUUCAUCAGUGAUGUUUCUAGCAGUCCUGUGACCUUGGAUAAGGUGCACUUACCUGAUUUUGAGGGAAACUCAAAAGCCUCAGAGACAGCUUCUAGAGGUGGUCUUAAUACAUCUACUACCUUUCAGAGGUCAGUUCAUCCUCAUCAUGAAAACAUUAGGGCUCAAAGAAGUGAAAAUAUGCUUGAGCUUCUUCAUAAGGUUGACCAAUCAAAAGAGAACAGCAGUAUACCUCAUUUUGGCUCUAGAGGUUGUGAUUCAUUGGCGUCUGAGACAGGAACCCCUGAUGGAUCCGAUGCUCAAUUAUACCAUCAGUCUGCUGCUUCUCAAGGUUUCACUUUGAAAUUAGCUCCUCCAUCUCAACGGCUGUUCAAUAUGAACCCUUUCAUCUCGUCUCAAGAUUUUCCAGAAGCAGCACGGAACCUAAGUUUCAGGCAAGCCAAUUCUGAAAUUGGAGAUAAAAACCAGACCUGGUCAGCAUCCCCAUCUUUUCAGUCAUCACCUUCAUCACGUGAAUCAUCUCAAAGACUGCAUUGGGAUAACAAAUUUAGUACUUCUGUACAGACAAGCAUCCCCUCGUCUUUAUAUAUGCCUGGAAACUCUAUUGCAUCUUCUGAAUCCAGUCUUCCAUAUGUAAGAAAUCAGUUUCAAACACAGGGCAUGUUGAAUGAACCUCUAGCAUGUCCAUCUCCACAGGCAACAUUGCCUGGUACAGUUAGUAGAUACCCACCAUUUAACCUUGAUUCCUCUCAAGAUACUUCUCCACGUAUUUUUGCCAACUCUCCAGGUCAACAAUUUCAUGUUUUGGAGGCUAAGCCCGUCUCUAAUCCUCAUGUAAUGUCUGGUAUGCAUCAAAUGGGUGCAUUUUCAGUGAGACCACCCAAUCUAUGGACAAAUGUCCCAGUUCAGCAACGUAUUUCUGGUGUAGAACCUCAUAAGGUUCUGUCUAUGAAUCUAUCAACAAAUAGCCUGGAAACUUCAUUGGCACCAUUGGGGCUCAAUGAUCUAAAUUCCCAAAAAGUUGGAUAUGGAACAUCAGAAUUAAGCGCAUCUCCUAGGAAUUCACAAGGCUUUGAACAUGGGGUAGAUCAGCAAGAGAAAGAGAGGUCCCAGCUGCAAAUAUCAUCUGAGAUACUUGAUGCUUCACAGACUGGUAGUUUGCCAAGGAAUAUCUCUCAUUCGAAUGCUUUUGCCUCUGGCUCAUUGUUGUCUCAUUCACACCUGCUGAACCUUGAUAGAGUACAGCAUGAGGACAAUGCUCCUACUCCCUCUGAAAGAAAUCUUGGAACCAUUGGCCGUUCUUUGAAACCAUCACAUGUUUUCCAUCCGAAUUACUCCUUACUACCCCAAGUGCAGGCAAUGAAGAAUGCGGAUACAGAGCCAAUUAGGAGAGUUUCGGAUGUUGAACACGUUACUGCUAUGGAUGGACCACAGUUAAUAUAUGAAGAUAAUUCCAGGUCCAGAAACCAAGUGGAUCCCGGACUGAUGUCAGUGUCCCCGCUCAACUCAAUGCUAUCUGGGGAUACCAAAAUGCAAAGUUUCUUGACAGAAGCAAGAGAAGAUUUUGGCAUAAAAGCUUCACCACAGCCUACUCUCCUCGAUAGACCUUCUCAAGGGAUGGUCAUGUUUAGUCAAAAUGAUCUUCUGAGUCAAUCUACUGCCAGAAAUGUGGCAUCUAAUCAUGCAGGGAAUCCCCAGGUUAAUCUACGCACGGCACCCUCCUGGUUUAAACAGUACGAGGCUUUCAGAAAUGGGCAAAUGCCCCCAACUAAUGAGGCAGGGCAUGCAAAGAAUGCUGCAGGACAGUUCUCUCUCAGGAAGCCUCCCCAUAAUUUGAAUGUAUUCUCUUCUGAGGAACGAGUAGAUGCUGCUGAUGCCAGCCAGAGUGGCAGACUUUGGCCAAGCUCAGCAGCCACCUUAGUAGUUAGUGAACCCUGUUCUGCUCCAUAUUCACUGCCUUCAGAUGACAUCGAACAAUGUAUGGCAGUUGCGAGACCAAAGAAACGCAAAACUGCAACAUCUAAUCUUCUACCAUGGUGGAAAGAAGUAACACAAGGCUCUCAGAGGGUUCAAAAUAUCAGUGUUUCAGAACAUGAAUGGGCGCAAGCCACAAAUCGACUGAUUGAGAAGGUGGAGGAUCAGGCUGAAUUGAUUGAAGAUCGGCAAUCGAUGCUUCGACCAAAGAAAAGGCUUAUCUUGACAACACAGAUUAUGCAGCAAUUGCUAUGCCCCGCACCUACAUCCAUUCUCUCUGCAAAGGGUGACUCUCAAUAUGAUGUUCUGGGUUACUUUGUUGCUAAAUUAUCACUAGGAGAUGCAUGCAGCCUGACCUCUUUCGUGAGUAAUGGUUUGUUGCACAUACCGCUGAUUAACAAUACCUUGAUUUCAGAGAAGCAGCCCAAAGUGAUUGAAGGUGUUGAUGACCAGUUCCUUUCAAAAGUUGUAGAGGACUUCAGCAAUAGAGCAAAGAAGCUGGAAAAUGACUUAGUUAGAUUGGACAAGGUAGCAUCACUUUUAGACAUAAGUGUGGACUGCCAGGAGUUGGAAAGGUUUUCCGUCAUUAACCGCUUUGCUAAAUUCCACAUCCGACAAGCAGAUUCCUCUGGAACCUCAUCUUCGUCCAGUGCUGUUGCCCCUGCACCAAAACCCUUUCCCCAGAGAUACGUGGUUGCACAUCCAAUACCUAGGAAUCUACCAGAGGGGGUACAAUGUCUUUCACUGUAAUUAUCAGUUGAAUGAUACCCUUCCCAGUUGAACCUUCUUUUCAUCUAUGCUAGACAUUCCAUGUCCUGUUCAUAUUCCACCGAUGAUCUCUUUCUUCAAAAUCCAUGAUGGCACCAUGAAAGAAGAGGAUUUAUUGAUGGAAUGCAAAGCAAGUCAACCUCGUAACAAAGGCUGCUUGUUCAAUCUUGAACUGAGGUUGAUUGUUGUCAUUUUUGAGAAAGUACAUAUUAUUUCUUGUAUAUUUUGAUGAAUUUCCAAGAACAAUAGGUAGUGCCCUAACUAAUCUUUUCCUAUAGCAAGAGAAUAGUUGUUCUGGAUGUUCCUCUAGUUGUUACAUAUAUGCAUAAUUUGUAGGUAUAUAUGUUA